AUGGCUACGGCUACAUCAUCGUCGCGCCUUCUUCUCAUUUAUCUUGACUUUUCUCGAAACCUCGACCUCAUCUCCUCCUCUUCUUUCUCUGCCAACCUACAAUCUCUUCAAGCAGCCGUAGCUAACAAUCCUCCUUCUCGCAGCGCCUUCGACCAUCUCCUCCCCCCUCCAAGUCUUGCCCGCAUAGACAACGACAGCAACGCCUCUCACGAUACUGGCGGUAACUGGCGCCCUGCUUCCUCCAUCUACUCGUUUAACCACGACACCUACUCCUCCCCCGUUUCUCCAGUCUCCCCGGUUUCCCCCAACUUCGCCAACGUGGCUUCCCGAAAUACUUACAGCUCCGCCGUGGCGGAUAUCUCUCCUCCGAGCUCUCCAGAUUUGGACACUCGUCGAGAUGGGAACCCCACGCAGGGCCGCAAUGUCUCGCCCAUAGAGGAAUCUCCAAAUCUCUCACAGCUCAGUCUUGAAAAUCAGCACUCGAGCCACCAAGAAGAUACGCCACCUCACGCGAGAAGCAAUAUCCCAAUGAUGCGUCGUGAGCGCAGGAAAAACCAGGAUGCUGCAGCAGCUCACACGCUCCGGGAAACAAAGUCCCAGCAACGCCUACGCAUUCAGCAGGAGACGAGGUGGGAUGACAUGACAGGCGAACCCACGUCACUUAACACGGGCCGUGCGGGCCAGGUCAAACCACAAGAAUACGCCCAGGGACUCGGUCAUUCCCAGCCCUUUGGCAAGUCGCCCGCGGCCCUGAAGGCCAUGCAGAAUGCACCACAAGCACAGCAGAAUUUUGGUGACCGUCUGCGCAGGUUACGGCCCGUCGGUGGAAGUCCCAAGCAGCAGAAUCAAGGCCAGGACUCUGCCACUGCACCGGACGCUAUAGAUGAGCGUCCGCCUUGGCGUGGCGCCAGCGGACGAUCUGCAAUAGUCAACCCAGUCCGUGACACGGCCCCUAAAGAGCCUCUCAGCAUACCUCGGAGGAGCAGCAGGCGCAUCGCUGUUGGGCCGCGGCUGCCCAUCGCCGGCAUUUCUUCACCAUUGUCCCCUGUCAGCCCGUCCGAAUCUGAAACGUCGCCGCGAGCCAAGGCACCCACCAUCAGAACUGUGCUCAACGCUCCCCGCCAAUCUCCUUCGCCCUCUCCCACUCCCACUCCCACCGUCGCUCGUACUCCUCCCCCCGCUCAGUCCUCCUAUCCCAGCCCACCAAACUCGGGUGCCAGUGCUGGUGUGCAAUCGCCCGUAUAUGCGACGCCCGAAUCCACUGACGCUGCGUCUGUCACGACCCGACAGCCUGCAUCCCUGCCGGGCUUGCCCGCUGCCCCUAAUGCAAAUCUCGGCCGCGAUAAGCCCAUUCGGCGCAAACCUCCUCCUGCCAACUCGAAAGCCCUCCACGCCCCUCAGCCAUCCUACUCUUCGAGCGUUUACUCUCAAGCUACAGCUCACGGCAACGAACAGUCGCAACCUCGAACUUUCAACCCGCAGGGUGAAGAUCUCAGUGCCAACGACCCCUGGGUCCAGCCAGCGUCUCGCUUUAGCGUCACUACCUACGCCACAUCCGCUCCUGACACCCCUCGCGAAUCGACAGAGACUGAGCGCCCACCAGUUCCCGCGCUCCCAACGCCGCCUAAGAAGGACGGUGUGAUGAAUCGAAAGCGUCCUCCUGUCCUUGGUCACACAAGUCCUGCAGUCAACGCCAACGAGCCCUUUGUCAUUUCCAUGUCCUCGCCGUACCUGACGAGCACUUUCGCCAAAGAGACUUCCCCGACGACACAAGCACGAGCGGAACUUCCCAGCCAGAAGCAGCUGACGCCCAGAGCCAGCACACCUAGUAUGUUCAGCUCUACGUCCAGCCGCCCAGACUCUGUCUGGUCCACCAGCAAAGCCCUGCCGCCGCCACCGACCGAGACCUCCAUGGCCAAUGAUCGCGUUGGCUACCUGAAUGCGCGCCUCGAGUCGCUUGGCAAUCGCCGGAUCAACAUCAACCAGGCCAUCAAGCAGAUGACGGAACUCAUGCCCACCGACAGCAUUCUUGCCAGUGAGGCUGUCCUCCGAAAGCGCGAGGCCGAAAAGCGCAAGGUUGAAGCGCUCAAAACCGAGCUUGCAGAGGUGCAACGUGAAGAGUACGAGAUUGGCCUCAAGCUUCAUCGCGCAUACAAGAGAUUGGACCGUAACGCAGAGUACGAGCCCACGACGUUGUGGGUGAGGAGGGUUACUGGCUGA